CAGAGCAGUAUUAGUCAGUCAGCAGCUGGUUAGGAUCUAGUGAGUAUCAGCUUUGCACUCUCUUCUUCUUCGUGCUCCCAGGACCUCAAGCACACACAAGCAUGGGCAGACAGAAGCAGGCUCUGACCAGGAUCUCUGAGCUGUUUUAUAUCCAGAACUUGCUGCUGAGGCAAGCUCUGGCAGAAUGUCUGGGGACCCUCGUUCUAGUGAUGUUCGGCUGUGGCUCUGUCGCUCAGCUAGUUCUCAGUGGUGGAUCUCAUGGACAGUUCCUGACUGUGAACUUCGCUUUCGGCUUUGCUGCGACCCUGGGUGUCCUGGUGUCUGGGCAGGUGUCAGGUGGCCAUCUGAACCCGGCUCUGACCUUUGCCCUCUGUCUGCUGGGGCGGGAGCCGUGGCGCAAGAUGCCGGUGUACUUCUUGGCGCAGACGGUGGGUGCCUUCCUGGGGGCUGGGGUCAUCUUUGGAAUGUACUUCGAUGCCUUGUGGUUCUUUGGGAAUGACAAUCUGUUAGUGUCAAACGGUACCGCCGGGAUCUUUGCUACCUAUCCAUCUCAGCACUUGACCCUGCUCAAUGGCUUCUUUGACCAGAUGAUUGGUACUGCUGCCCUGAUCGUGUGCCUCCUGGCCAUCGUGGACCCCUACAACAACCCCAUCCCCAGGGGUCUGGAGGCCUUUACUGUGGGCUUUGUCGUCUUGGUCAUCGGUCUGUCCAUGGGCUUCAACUCUGGCUACGCCGUCAACCCUGCCAGAGACUUUGGUCCUCGCCUCUUCACCGCCAUAGCCGGCUGGGGCACAGAGGUCUUCACCACUGGACCUCACUGGUGGUUGGUGCCCAUCUUUGCCCCCUUCCUGGGUGCCGUCAUCGGGGUUCUGGUGUACCAGUUCAUGGUGGGCUUCCACACUGAGGGCGAGGCCAAAGACCGCGCAAGGGAGGACAAUGAGGAGAACGUCAAGCUGUCCAACAUUCACUCCAAACAGACAGCUUGAUCAGCCCCCUGCCCUGUCUAGCACACACAGAACUUUCUGACCUCCAUACAUGUUGUGACUGUAACAGCACGCCUGUCAUUGUGGGGGCUUCCCCCUUGCAUUCCAACUGAGAGAGGAGGAGAAGGAGGAGUGGAGCAGGACACACACAAUACCCUCUUCUCUACUGAUGGAAUUAGAUCUUCCAGAGAACCCUGUUGAUGUAGUAUCAGUGUCUUUAUAUUUGUCCUGACAUCUCCUGGAUUAGAGUAAUCUGUCUGUAUUUACUUUCUACAGCUUUUUACUUUUCUUUAGUGUUUUGUCAGGUUUUACUUUAGACUUUUACUAAGUGAACAAAUCUUGAAUCCUGUCUGGGCAGCACACAGGCAGUGGGCCAACGUGGGGUGGGACCCUCAACUAUUUUUAUUUGAAGCACAGUGAAUAAAUUUAGCAAGUCUGGUCAUUGUGAGCGGUAGAGUGACAAUCUCUCUGUCUCCCUGCAUCAUCGUCCUGCCUGUCCACAGCACAGCUAUGCACACUUCAGUUGUCUUAAUUACCCCUUUAUUUAAAAGUAUUUGAAAUGAACCUGAACUAAUGUACUUUCUUUUGUUUAGCUUGCCUGGUUACUUUUUUGCUUUUCUGUUAGACCCUUCAAACCACAUAUCAACAUAAAUGGCCUUCAAGUGAUGUGUAUGGUGUGUGUAGAAAUGUUAAGGUUGGAACAUUGAAACGUAGGGUUGAAACACAAAUUAUAUUAUGUAUUUUCUACCAAAGGUUGUAAAUGCAACUAAUGUCUGCUUCAUUGGAAGUCUUUAUUAACUAACCCUAGGAAAGGCUGCCUUCUGCUGCCUGUGCAUUCUGAUAUUGAUGAAUUAUUUUUGCAUGUGAUUGUUUCGUUGUUUUAUAUCAUGGAGGUGUGCAGAUGAACAUCAUUUUGUAAAAUAUCCAGAUUGUUUUUCAGCUUGAAGGGGCAUUUCAAAUGCACAUUUCUCUGUUGUCUUUUUGUAUGUAUUAUUGUAUUUCUUGGUCAUUAAAGACCUUAUUAAAUGAA